UGUUGCGUUAUAGCCGCGUCAUACUGCUGUCAGUCAGAGGAAAAUAUUAAGCAAAUAAUCAAAACCUAGAAUAGGAAUGGGGGAAACAGUUUUACUGCAUUCAAGAUCAUUUUGAGAAGGACGAAGUUAAUUUCUGAUUUGAUUAUCAGAGGGUAAAUAUAAUACAAGCUGUUGUGCUAGAAAGGAAAAAAAACUGCCGUGAAGUGUCACUAACUUUUUUGCUCAUCUGUAGCAUUUUCUGUGAAUAGAGACCACUACCACAUCAUAUGCAAUAAAAUCACAUCGUCUGUGGAUUGUUGGCUUGUGGAGUUCGGCUUUCUACUACUCAACAUGACAUCGGAGUAUUUGUUACGGUCACUGCUGAUGCUAAUUCUAGCGCUCUUCUACGCAAAUGCUAGCAACUGGCUGUAUCUAGCUAAGCUCUCAGCCAUGGGAAGUAUUUCUGAGGAGGAGACAUGUGAAAAACUAAAAGGUCUGAUCCAGAAGCAGGUACAGAUCUGUAAGCACAAUGUGGAAGUCAUGGAGGCUGUGCAGCGGGGAGCCCAACUUGCUAUAGAUGAAUGCCAAUUCCAGUUCCGCAAUCGUCGCUGGAACUGUUCCACCAUGGAGACACUGCCUAUUUUUGACAAAGUGGUCUCUCAAGCAGGCACCAGAGAGGCGGCCUUUGUGUAUGCCAUCUCCUCAGCAAGUGUAGCCCUAGCAGUGACUCAGGCGUGCAGUAGUGGGGAACUGGAGAAGUGUGGAUGUGACCACAAUGUGCAUGGCAUCAGCCCAGAGGGGUUCCAGUGGUCUGGCUGCUCAGACAACAUUGCUUAUGGUGUUGCAUUCUCCCAAUCAUUUGUGGAUGUGAGGGAGAGAAGCAAAGGCUCCUCAUCAAGUAGGGCACUGAUGAACCUCCACAAUAAUGAGGCUGGGAGGAAGGCUAUCUUGAACAACAUGCGUGUGGAGUGCAAAUGCCAUGGAGUCUCAGGCUCCUGUGAGGUGAAGACUUGUUGGAGGGCUAUGCCCCCUUUCCGCAAGGUGGGAACUGUGAUCAAAGAGAAGUUUGAUGGUGCAACUGAGGUGGAGCAGCGAAAGAUUGGCACCACAAAAGUGUUGGUGCCCAAGAACUCCCAGUUUAAACCACAAACAGAGGAGGAUCUAGUCUAUUUGGACCCCAGCCCGGACUUCUGCGACCAUGAUGCCAAGAGUGGGGUUUUAGGCACAGCUGGCCGGUAUUGCAACAAGACCUCCAAGGCCAUUGAUGGCUGUGAGCUGAUGUGCUGUGGGCGUGGCUUCCAUACAGAAGAGGUGAAGGUAGUGGACAGGUGCAGUUGCAAAUUCCAUUGGUGCUGCUAUGUGAAGUGUAAGCAGUGCCGUAAAAAGGUGGAGAUGCACAAUUGCCGGUGAUCCUGAUCAAUUCACAGCCAUGUCGGAACACAGGACUAGGAAAAUAUCUAACAGCACAAAACAGCAGGUAUACAUAUAUGCAAUUACAGAUGACCAUUGGAAAGAAAUAUAAACAUAGAAAUAAUAGAAACAAAAAAAAUCUAAUUUAAAGUCCCAAAGGAUUUUUGUGAUUGUUAUUUUCGCCUGUUGAGUCUUUGUUUUGGUUGCUUUUUAUUUUUGUAUGUUUUUAACUUUUUAUUUAUUGUAACAGGAUUGUGAGAAUCCUGAAGUAGCAUUGCUCCCAAAUACUGGAUAAAGAGAGAUUAAGUUUAGUAUCAUAUGGGACCAAGGCCAUAGUUUGGAAUUUGGGUAGAGUUUGGGAUUUGGGUAGGCGUAGACAGAAGAGUGUUUCUCCUGUGUUAUUGAUGGUGCUUUAGAAUAAUUUCAUAGUAGCCAGAUGUGCAUUUCCCUAUUUCAACUGUAUGUGGCCGUUAUCUAAAGUCCAAUGUUCAAUUUUACAGGAAUAUUAAGUACCUGCUUAAUAUACAACACACCCUGGACUAUUAUUGGCCUGCAUGUCCACAUGGUUGGAACCAAUCAGCUAAUCCAGUGAGCAUAGAGCUACCUUUUAAUUAGUAUUCUUUUAUGACAACAGGGUGGCUCCCAGUGUUUGAGUGGGUUAACACGUCAAUAUGUGAAAAAAUACAUAUGAGAGCAGGGGGGUAUUCCAUGAAAGUAGCUAAAUAAAGCCAGACUUACGCGAAAAAGUGAGACUCAAAUUAGCUCCAUCUCGAAACUUAGCCUCAUGUAGUUCCACGAACGCAGUUCGGCUUUAACUAAUCGAGGCUUAUUCAAGGCAGACUUGCAUAGUCUCACUUAGUGCGCACACCCGCGAUAUUUAAGAAGCCCAAAUGAAUGGAUGAAUGAUAGAUCGACCAAAUGAGUCGGAAAGUGUUUAAAACGAGAUCGGUGUUUCUUUCCACCGCAGAACAAACGCUGCUGAUGGAGCUGUAUGAAAAAUGCACAGAUGUAAUCGUUAAAAAAGGCAAUACUGUGGCCAUAAACACAGCCAGAGAGUUGGCUUGGCAAUGCAUUACAGACAGAUUAAAUGCACAAGUUACGUAACUGUUGCAAGUGCUUGGCACAGUGGUACAGUGGUUUAUGCUGUCGCCUUAUAAUGCGAAAGUUGCUGGUUCGAUUCCCAUAGCCAAGUGGGAACCAGCUGGGUUGAGUUCCCAUGUCAUUGUUAUUGUAUAAUAUUAUUUGAUCUCCGUAAAAUACUUUCAGUCACAUCCGUGUGAAAUGUU